UUGAAAAGUAGCAGUCCAGUAGCAAUCGUCUUUCGCGGUGAUACCGUUACAAGAAGGAGAGAAGGCCGAGGGAUAAGAAAGGUGACUGGGCAAAAUUAGCGCGACCCACGUUACGUCGGGAUUAAGUGGACUAAACAGCGCAGCAACCUGAAUCAACCGGAUCUUUGGUCAUCACAACCACAGCUCCUCCUCUUGGACCAAUGCCUUGUCCUCACGCUCGCUAACACUCAGCUUUUUGCGUAUCCUAACAACACCUAUCUCGAGGGCUUGUCGACGUGUUUUCAGCAUUGCGACUUGGCGUCAACUCGGAAGCAUCGUCAUUCUCCUACAAGGACCAGCGAAUUACUCGACACACACGAGAGUGCAAUAGACCGACCACAGCUCGGCCAUCGACGCGCUGCUACCUGAGCAUACAUUGACUCCGUCGUUUCACACAUCUCGGCUUCUCUCUGGAACGUCAUCACCGACCUCCCAAUGUCCUCAGGACUAACACCCUCGAAGCCGUGGGACGGUACGAAAGAAUGGCUCUCACAACCGGUUGUCGCAUCCUUUAUAGCUGGUGGUAUGGCCGGCGCUGUAUCGCGGACCGUCGUCUCGCCGCUUGAGCGUCUGAAGAUCCUCUACCAGAUCCAAAGCGUCGGACGCGAAGAAUACAAAAUGUCGGUAGGAAAGGCUUUGGGCAAGAUGUGGCGCGAAGAAGGCUUCCGUGGAUUCAUGGCUGGUAACGGUACAAAUUGCAUUCGCAUUGUACCGUAUUCGGCCGUACAGUUUGGUAGUUACAAUUUCUACAAAAGGUUCUUCGAGGACUCGCCCGGUGCGCCGCUAGGUGCUCUUCAGCGUCUGUCGUGUGGUGCGGUCGCAGGCAUUACCUCCGUAACAUGCACAUACCCCCUCGAUAUCGUUCGAACACGCCUCUCGAUCCAGUCAGCCUCGUUUGCAGCCUUAGAAAAAGCAGAGUCAGGAAAGAAACUACCAGGCAUGUGGCCGACAUUACUCAAGAUGUACAAGACAGAAGGUGGCUUCCUUGCGCUGUACAGAGGUAUCGUCCCGACAGUUGCUGGUGUUGCGCCAUACGUUGGCUUGAACUUCAUGGUCUACGAAUCUGUUCGCGAAGCAUUUACGCCGGAAGGCUCAGACAAUCCAGGAUCUAUCGGAAAGUUGGGUGCAGGUGCCAUCUCAGGAGCCGUCGCGCAAACAUGCACAUAUCCCUUUGACUUGCUUCGACGAAGAUUCCAAAUCAACACAAUGUCAGGAAUGGGCUACAAGUACAAAUCCAUCUUUGACGCCGUCAGAGUCAUCGUCAAGCACGAAGGCAUCAAAGGCAUGUACAAGGGUAUUGCGCCCAAUCUUCUCAAAGUCGCCCCUAGCAUGGCCAGCAGUUGGCUGAGUUUCGAGCUCACCCGCGACUUCUUCGUCGGUCUGAAACCAGAAGUAUGAGGUUUGCACACGUCGAUUCUCCUUGUCCAGAAGCUCUUAUAAAAACCCUGAACAGCCCGGCAUAGAAUGGAAGUUACAUUACAAAGAAUGCAUGAUGAGAAUGAUUGCAAUACUUCAGCUGGCCUUUUGUCUUUUCUUUUGUUUCGUCCGCAGAAACUGGCGUCUUGGGCUAUUUACUUUCCCGAUGUCAGGCAUGGCACGGAGUUUGGCGUUCUGGAGGCAAAAAACUUGAUGCAGUUUAUACCUAGAUACAGAAAGCAAAGACUUGCAUUGGGCGCGAAGCCUCGAAGAUGUAAUUAAUGUGUCUUCAGUGGAUACAGAGCCAUCAAUGUGCAACGAGCAUGACCCGAAGUGAAAA